UUUGUCGCCCGUCGCGGAGCUAUUCUCAAACAGAUUGGCGACGAAUUCGGUGGCGUAACCAUUAGUUUCCCGCGAAGUGCUCAAAGAGAUAGCGAUAGAGUUGUUCUCAAAGGCGCUAAAGAGUGCAUUGAGAGCGCGAAGCAAAGAAUCACUGAAAUAAUUGAAGACUUGGAUUCACAGAUCACUAUUGAAUGUGUAAUCCCAGCGAAAUAUCAUCGAACACUUAUGGGCACUCGUGGCACAAGAGUACAGGCCAUCACUCAAGAGCACGACGUGAGGAUCAAAUUCCCCGAAAGAGGUACUAAUGGUGUGACCGGCGAUGAAGACGUAGCCAAUGGCGACAUCAAUGGUAGCACUGAUAGUCUGGAGAAGAGUCAGAAGAAGUCAGACAUAAUAAUAAUAACGGGAAGGGCCGAGAAGUGUGAAUCCGCUCAAAACGCUUUGUUAGCUUUAAUUCCUAUUACUAUUGAAGUUGAGGUGCCUUUCGAUUUGCACCGAUUUAUUAUUGGACAGAAGGGCCGCGAAGUGCGCGAAUUGAUGCAAAACCACGACGUGUCCAUUUCAGUGCCGCCGCCCAACGCUUCCAGUGAUCUAAUCAGUGUCACCGGUUCUAAAGAGAAUGUCGUCAAAGCUAAGAAAGCCAUCGAAGAACGAGUCCUCAAAAUCGAAUCCGACAAACAAGAGAAAGAGGCCAAGAGUUUCACCGCUAGUAUUCGAGUCAAUCCUAUAUAUCACCCGAAAAUCAUUGGCAAACGCGGGGCUAUUAUCACCAAAAUUAGGAAUAAAUAUAAAGUUCAGAUACAGUUCCCAGAACUACGAGGUCGUGACAGUCAGUUGGAUGAAGACAAACAGGACGUCAUCACUAUUAUUGGACUCGAAAGUGAUGUCAAUUCAGCCAAAGAGGAAAUCCUCGAAAUCGUUAGUGGACUCGAAGAUCUCGUCCACGAAGAGAUCAACAUUGAUAGUCGAGUUCAUCCCCGCCUUAUUGGAGGCAAAGGCAAGAAUAUUCGUAAAGUUAUGGAUCAGUACAACGUCGACAUCAGAUUCCCGCGAAGUGAGGGACAAAAUCCUAAUCUCGUUGUAAUCAGUGGUUUGCCUGAGAAUGUGGACGAAUGCAAAGAUCAUCUCUUGAAUUUGGCCGAAGAAUACUUGGAUGACGUGACCGAAUAUACGCCUCCCAGCCGUCAACACCAUUCGGAGCGUCCGUCCCGUGAAGGCAGUGGAUUUGUGGUAAAGGGUGGUCCGUGGGAACAACGCGGACAACAAGCAGUUCCCGACACCACCGAUGCCCAAGAGUUUCCAUCAUUCGUCAACGAUAUGGUAGGGCCGGCGCCGACACCUUUUGCCGCCCCCGCCGACGAUGGGUCGCACAGCACUCCGUGGGGACCGAAGUCGAGCCGACACUAAACGACAAUAAUUGCUAAUAUAUAUACAUAUAGAUUGAUUAGUGAUGCGAGUCAUUGAGAGUGAGGACAGAUGUGAUGGCUAUAAUUUGAUGACUAACUUUUGCAGUGCCUAUACGUGCCAUUGAUGUCAUUUCACGUCAUUUUUAGUACUCUUUCUCCCUCCCUCUCCUCUCUCCCCUCCCCCUUACCCUCUGUACCACUUUCUAUGAAUCUUUAUCUAUAAGUUAGACUAUGGGCUCACAAAUCAUCUCUCAUUUCUACUAUUAGUUGAGGUGUCGGUAUAGCUAUCAUUCAAUUGUUGAGAAUAUAUUGUACUCUAAAUCAGGGUUUCUAUCGUUUUUAAUGAAAUGAAUUAAUGAUAUGAAUUGAAAUUUUAUUGUAUACACAACUAGUCUUUUAUGGACUCAAUUCGUAUAUAUAUAAUAUAUAUCAACGAACGGGUAGUUUAUAUAAAUAAUAUUUGAUCCAAUGGUUUGGUUUUGUAACAAACAUUAUGAGACAAAUCUAAAACAAAAAUGAGGAUAAAAUUGCUGUAAUCAUGAGAUAGUCGUUGCUUUGUAUUAUCGGUUCUUUUUGAUCCUAAAAAGUUUUAAAAUAUACAAAUGAUUUAUUUUAAUGAAAAUUAUGUAAAGUUUAUAUUUAUAUGCAAUUUAUCGAUACAUUUAUUAUUAUAACUAAAGUUAUUCUCAUAUAAAACAAAAGAAGGGCUGAACUGAAAAAUGUUAUGUUUUUAUUUAAACGUCUUUACACUAAACAAAACAAAACUAUAUAUAAAUUAAUGAAUUGUAUGGAAAAUAUUAUAUACAUUUGUGUCUUCCAUUAGGAACAAAAUGAAUGCUUUUUGUUCUUGAAAUUUGUAAAUUUUAUUCUGUAUUUCAUAUACGUUUGUAAAGAGAAAUAUUAAGUGAACUUAAGCCCCAAAAUACAAGAAGGGAUGACAUUUUGCAAUACUUUUUUAAACAAAUCAUGAAUUUGAAAAUUCUGAUCACUAGAACUGUUUGUUUUUUGGUAUUUCGGUUAUAAAACAACUCAAAUGAGUCAAAAACUGUUAUCAAUCAUAUAAUAUUGUCGUUAUUAUUGAUAUUAAAUAAUAUAAUAAUAGUUAUUAUUAUAUUAUAAUUAUUGCUUUUAUAAUA